GGUGGGGUUGGAGGUCCGAGAGGGCUGAGAAUGGGAGUUCUGGAAAGCUCAGGACUGGGUGGAUGGAAAUGUCGAUGGAGGAUCAGCAUGCCAGGGUCCCGGCCCUGGAACCAUACCUGGUGGAGCAGGCACCACCUGUAAUCUACUAUGUCCCUGACUUCAUCUCCAAAGAAGAGGAGGAGUAUUUACUUCGACAGGUGUUCAAUGCCCCGAAGCCAAAGUGGACCCAGCUUUCUGGGAGGAAGUUACAGAACUGGGGUGGGCUUCCCCAUCCCCGGGGGAUGGUUCCUGAGCGGCUGCCCCUGUGGCUCCAGCGCUACGUGGACAAAGUGUCUGACCUCAGCCUUUUUGGGGGUCUCCCAGCCAACCACGUCCUUGUGAACCAGUAUCUGCCUGGGGAGGGCAUCAUGCCCCACGAGGACGGACCACUAUACUACCCGACCGUCAGCACCAUCAGCCUAGGCUCGCAUACGGUGCUGGAUUUCUACAAGCCGCGGCAGCCGACAGAUGAUGACCCUACAGAACAGCCUCGGCUCCCACCCAGGCCAGCCACCUCGCUGCUGCUGGAACCUCGCAGCCUCCUGGUGCUCCGUGGCAGCGCCUACACCAGCCUCCUCCACGGCAUCGCCGCCGCUAGUGUAGACGAGCUAGAUGCCACCUCUCUGCCCCCCAAUGCAGCUGCCUGCCCAUCAGCCCAGCCUGGAGCCCGCCUGGUGCGAGGCACCCGCGUCUCUCUGACCAUCCGCCGCGUACCCCGAGUGCUGCGUGCUGGCCUCCUGCUCAGCAAGUGACGCCAGGCCCCAGGAUCCACUGGGGCUCCUGGGCUGUCCUCUAACUGUGACCCUGGAACCUCGGAAUCCUGGGACAGAGGCGGCUCCCCUGCAUUAUUUAUUUUCCCAGGAACUGUGAGAAGCCCAAUGAAAGGCCCCAUUCCCAAUAAAACAACAAAAGUC